ACUACCGGGGCCUGAGCGGGCCUGGCGGAGCCCGAGCGCGGCCCGGUCGGCAGCGCGGGGUCCCGAGCGCGGUGAAGAAACCACUUUCUGAAGGCUGCGUUGGAGGCUGUGACCGAGUGGAGAGCUCGUGUGAAGCUGAGGAGGAGGCUUUCUGAGUAACAUGGCCCUCUGCCGUUAGCCUUGCCAUGACCACAUUUUUCACCAGCGUCCCUCCCUGGAUUCAAGAUGCAAAGCAGGAGGAGGAAGUGGGCUGGAAACUAGUUCCCAGACCUCGGGGCCGGGAGGCAGAGAGUCAAGUGAAGUGCCAAUGUGAAAUCUCGGGGACACCCUUCUCAAAUGGAGAGAAGCUAAGGCCUCACACCCUCUCCCAUCCGGAGCAGAGACCGUAUAGCUGCCCUCAGCUGCACUGCGGCAAGGCUUUUGCCUCCAAGUAUAAGUUAUAUAGGCACAUGGCCACCCACUCAGCCCAGAAACCCCACCAGUGCAUGUACUGUGAUAAGAUGUUUCAUCGCAAGGACCAUCUGCGGAACCACUUGCAGACCCAUGACCCCAACAAAGAGGCCCUUCACUGCUCUGAGUGCGGGAAGAAUUACAAUACGAAGCUGGGUUACCGGCGCCACCUGGCCAUGCAUGCUGCCAGCAGCGGUGAUCUCAGCUGCAAGGUGUGCCUGCAAACCUUUGAGAGUACCCAGGCCCUGCUGGAGCAUCUGAAGGCCCACUCCCGCAGGGUAGCAGGAGGCACCAAGGAGAAGAAGCACCCCUGUGACCACUGUGACCGGCGUUUCUACACUCGUAAGGAUGUGCGGCGGCACUUAGUGGUGCACACAGGUCGUAAGGACUUCCUGUGCCAGUACUGUGCCCAGAGGUUUGGCCGCAAGGACCACCUGACCCGCCAUGUCAAGAAGAGCCACUCGCAGGAGCUGCUCAAGAUCAAGACAGAGCCCGUGGAUAUGUUGGGCUUACUCAGCUGCGGCUCCACAGUUAGCGUCAAGGAAGAGCUGAGCCCCGUGCUCUGCAUGGCCUCUCGGGACGUGAUGGGGGCCAAGGCCUUCCCUAGCAUGUUGCCCAUGGGCAUGUAUGGUGCCCACAUACCUACCAUGCCCAGUGCGGGCGUGCCACACUCCCUGGUGCACAACACACUGCCCAUGGGUAUGAGCUACCCUUUGGAAUCUUCCCCUAUCUCUUCCUCAGCUCAGCUCCCUCCAAAAUACCAGCUUGGAUCUACCUCAUACUUACCCGACAAAUUGCCCAAAGUGGAGGUGGAUAGUUUCCUGGCGGAGCUUCCUGGAAGCCUGUCUCUCUCAUCCGCUGAACCUCAGCCCGCCUCACCUCAGCCGGCGGCAGCUGCGGCCCUCCUAGAUGAAGCACUGCUCACCAAGAGUCCCGCCAACCUCUCCGAGGCCCUCUGCGCUGCUAAUGUGGAUUUCUCCCACUUACUGGGCUUUCUUCCGCUCAACUUGCCCCCAUGUAACCCGCCAGGGACCACUGGAGGCCUGGUCAUGGGCUACUCCCAGGCUGAGGCACAGCCCCUGCUCACCACCUUGCAGGCUCAGCCUCAAGAUUCUCCAGGAGCUGGGGGACCCCUGAACUUUGGGCCUCUGCACUCCUUGCCUCCUGUCUUCACCUCUGGCCUGAGUACUACCACCCUGCCUCGUUUCCACCAAGCAUUCCAGUAGCCCCCGCGGGGCCUCCCCGCUCAGUCUUUGGCUCUGCCGGGGAGCCUAAGUACCCACCCCGUCCACCUCCCCGACAAAGGCAGCUGAGCUUUCAGAGCUGGGUUCAAAAAGAUAAUUCCAGUGUCUGUAUGGAGCACUUGGUUUGGGGGUUCAGGUUCCAGGAUCAAUUCCAGGAGAAGCCUUGAGCCCAGCCCCAUGAAAGAUCUCCUACCAUAGGACUUUCAGGUAUUCUUUGCGUUUUUGAUCUGAACUGGGAGCCACGUUUAGCCCUCUCCCCCUCCAAAGCAUUAGCACCUCCUCUUUGGAGAAGGGGAAGCCUCUUGGAGACAGAGGGUUUCACCUUGUAUGACCUCAAGAGAAUAGCCCAAGAAGCCCGCCUUUUGAUCCCAACCUGCAGACCUCACAGCGACCAGUUGGUCAGUCCCUGCUGUGGGUGGUCUCUUGGCUCCAGCUACCAGGCAGCAGAGAGGACCUCUGUUCCUCCUGACCACCCCAUCCCCACUCUACCAGCAGCUCCGUUUCCAGUCAGUGUUGUCCCCCAAUGGUACCGUUUACACAUUCGCCUCAGACACCAUUUCACCUCCCUUGCCACACUGUUAGCCUUAGAGUGAUUGCAGUGAACACUGUUUACACACCAUGAAUCCAUUCCCACCAGUCCAUUUCAGUUGCCACCAGCCUGAACCACUUGGUACCUGGUGUUAACUGGAGCCCUGUUUACAAGGCGGAGUCGGGUCUUGCUGACUUCUCUUCACUUGAGGUCACAUUUUUCCCCCGUGGGGAAAUAAACUGACUUUGGACUGCUUCAGUUUCUGCCAUCUUCCAUGACUGCGUCUACUCCUGCCUUCCCAUGGCAGUGCCCACAAGAGACAGGCAAGAAGAUUGGAGCAGCUUUCUCACAGGUCUGCGAUUCUGAUUUUCUCCAAGUACAUCAUGAUACCCUCAUUCUCUUGAACUGAAAAGGGGAAGAAAGGAAAAGCAUGCCCAUACCUAUCACCUUCUCAAUCCCUGACCCACCCUGAACGUCAUGAGCUGUUGUUAUUUGUCUUGGAAAGAGGGAUGCUGGUUCUGGGCUGGUGUGGAUAACACAGGAGAGGGAAUGAACUUCUCCCUCCUGCUUGUCCUCCUUCCAGGAAGAAGUAGAGUUUGUUGGAAGACGAGUUUCCAGAAAUUUAGGACUGGGCAGAUAGUUGAAUCCUAAUCUAUCUAAUCAUUGUUGCCUCCCACACCAAAUUUUUUCUUAUCCACAGUGUUCCUUCUGUCUCCUGUGCUCUGCAGUCCCAACGGGCCCAGGGCCACUGUGCAUAAGCUUCUCUGCUCUCCAUCAGGAACUUCCACUUCCUCACGGUCCCUCAUUUGCCUCUGGUAUCUAGUAAGGUUUCUUGCAAGAAGUGGUAAGUUCUUCUCUUGACUUGUAGGGCUCUCUGCCAUAGGCGGCACAGCCCUUUGCCCAGCACCCAGCCCCAUUUCAUCUCAGUUCUGCAUGGGCGUUUCCAUGCAUAAGGGAGGAAGCUCAGGGACCACUGUUGAGGGGCCUCUUGAGAUACCUCCAUUCUGAUCAUAAACACACUUCUACCUCUUUACUGGUAACGCCUACAGAUGCAGCCAGUAGUCUGGGCACUUCUGUCAGUGGUGCCUCAUGCUGGCUUCUCCACUAGGGGUUCAGGACAGACUACCUAGGAACUGCCUCAACCUCCCACAAGGUUUCCCCUGCCCUCCCCCCACCACCUUUCAUCUGGAUUCACUUCAGUGUAUCAUUGGGAACUAUGCAGGUCCAAGACCAGGGCUUCUGCUUCAGCCCAGGCCAGUACUCCUUGUUUGAGGUGAAAGCCUUCAAAUUUAGCUCCUUGGCCCUGAUUGGAAGCAAUGUGGAGUAAAUAAGCGUGUUUUGAUUUAGGCAAGGUAGGUUGAAAUACCUUUGAAGAAACAACCAGAAUAUAAGUAUAUCUGACAGGGUUGGAAUCAGACUAGGUGAUUUGCUUCUAAUAAUUAGUUUCAGUGAGUCCCAGGGACUAAUUAAGGUUUAUUAUAAAAAGCGUCUACCUUGGUACGCAGCCAUCUCCUGCAUGCUAUGCAUGUUGUCAGGACUCGUAUUACAGGAAAUGGCAUGUGAGAAUCCAAGUGGUACUCGCUCUGCCAUUCUCCUUGUGUUUGGUCUUCACUAGACCCAGCCACCCUUUCCCCCUUGACUGCCACCUCCCCGUAUCCUCAGUUUCAAAGGCAAAUAGGUCUCUAGCUUCCACGAAGUAUAGUGUGCUAGGCAGUUAAACUGUCUUCUUUGACUGCUCUUUCCUGUCUUUCUUGAACUCGCCCCUCCUUAGUGCUCAGAGGACAGCAGAGCACCUAUUGCAGAUCUAGUAACUGGGGUCUUGCCCCACACCCUGUCUUCUCUCUUCACCUUCCCCCAUUCCCAUCCCUCUCUCUCCUCAGUAUCCUCACCACAAGGAAUUUCCCUGUCUCUGUGAACUUUGCUGGUGCAGAGGAAUUAUCUGCCUUCGUGAUUGUGGACCAUAACCUCCCUGCAGUUUCUUAGACCUUCCCCUGCCCCCAUCUCCCCAAAGAACUUUUUUGGUCCAGCUGUUCAAAGGAUAAGAAUAGCUUUAUCCUGUUGUCAGUGUCCAAACUCACUUUAGUCCCCCUUAUGAGGCCAAGAGAGCCAGGGCACAUCUGCCCAGUACAGGAGCUGAGGCACAUGGCACAGACUUACCAGGGACCAGAAAAAAAAGAAAUAAUGGCCCCUUUCCCUGCCACCUUAUCUAGUCUGCCAACGAUGAGCUGACCUACAUUAGGGGACAGGCACCUCUUACCCUACACAGUGGCUGAUCUGAUCAGGGUUGAGGACUGUCCUGGAGGCCAGAGACUGGCAUGCGCUGGUGUCAGUUCAAAGGGUCUUGGCACCAUCUUUAAAAGGUGGAAGGCAGGGAAAGGUGCCCCAGUGAAUUUCUCCCUAGCCUUUCCCUUAUGGCAUUUUGUUCAUGGAUAUCCGGGAAGCAGGUGUGAUUACUUUUUUUUUUUUUUUUGCUCGUAGAUAUUGUCCUAAGUUGAAAUUCCCCCACUGCCCUAAAUUUUCCUAGUAGUCCUUUUAAGUUUCCCCUUCCCUUUUGAGUAGCUGUUUCUCCAUCCCUUCUCCAUGAUUUUUUUUAACAGGUUGUAUUGUACAGGAUCAAUAUUUUGCUUUUUAACAAGGAUAUUUAUGUAAUAAGAAACUUUGCCUUAGGCAGGUGUUGGCCAGAAACGUCCAGAUUGCUCUGUGACCUCACUCUGGCCUCUCCUGGAGCUCUGAACCUGCUGUGGAAGGAAUUGGCCAUGACCUUCACCACUGGUGAAUAGGGUCUGGGUUGUGGAAGGGGUGUUCACUGUGUAAUCUAGUGCCUCAUGGAGGUAUGUGGAAUUGUUCCGGUCCACUUGCUUCUGGUGCCGCCUGGCUUCCUUCGUGGAUUCUCCCACGUGCACCUCUCCACCUCGCGUAUAUUUGGCACUAGAACGGAACACUACUCCUCCCCUACCCCCUCCCAGUGGUCAAGGCUCUGCAGCCACUCUUUCUUAAUGCCAGAUUAUUUAAAGAAAGAAAAAUACAAGACAAAAACCUUCUAGCACUUUGUAAACAGUGGAUAACCUCUUGGAGUAUUUUUGGCUUUAUAUGAAACAAGGUUUUUAAAUUGUAAAAUAUAAGUGCCAUUAGAAAAUGCACAGGGCAUAUCUUUGUUAAAGUAGAUUUUUCAAUGUUUUACAGAAUUACAUUUUCAAAAAAAGUUUUUAUAAUGAAGUUGUUUAUUAAAAACUUCUGAAUGA